AUGGCCGCGCCCCCCGCCAUUCUUCGUCCUCCACAAGGCGGUGGCGACCGCCACUUCAUUGGCGCCAUCCUCCCGGACUCGACGGCGGAUCGAUGCCGCAUAGCCAUCUUCCCAAAACCUCAAGUCGGCGAAGAAGAGGAGGUCCUCAGGGGCAUCAACCUCAAGCUGUUCGACCAGGUGCUGCAGUGGAUGCAGGAAUCAUUUUCUGCGGUCUGUGCCAUCGCUAAGCCUUGCCACACUGAAGUCCAGCAGCCAUACCCUCUCCUAACCGAUGUGAUCUGCAGAAGGAUACCAACGGCAUUUGUUCUCACCAAAAAUGCAGAGUUUGUUGAUGACAUCACAACAUUUCGGGAUCUACCGGAGCAUCUCGUGUCCAGUGGAUGUCACCUGGCCAAGCUGUCAGCAGCUGAAUUGUCAGUGAAAAAUGGAGUUGGUGGUUGCUUUAAGAGCCUGCUGAGGCAGUUACUAUCAGAUGUUCCAGACGUUCCUGAUGUAUCUGCACUGGCAUCGUGGUACUGCAAAGAUGACAACUAUAACCAACCAAUCAUUGUCAUAAUUGAUGAUUUGGAGCAAUGUUCUGGUUAUGUGCUGGGAGAGCUUGUGAUGAUGCUGAGUGAAUGGGUAAUAAAAAUUCCGAUCUUCUUCGUUAUGGGAAUAGCUACUACUCUUGAUGCACCUAAGAAGCUGAUCUCAUCAGAGGCUCUUCAACGAUUAGAGCCCUGUAAACUUACCUUAGGAUCUCCCUCAGAUAGAAUGGAUGCACUUGUAGAGGCUGUCCUUGUUAAAACAUGCGCUGGAUUCUGCAUCAGUCAUGAAGAUGCAAUGUUCCUCAGAAAUUACUUUAUUAGGCAUGAUGGGACAAAUACUUCUUUUAUUAGUGCUCUCAAGGAAUUUUGGCAUGAUAAAUUGGAAGCACUACCUCAAGUGGUGCGGAAAUACGCUUUUGGUCUUCCUUCUUGUGAAAGUGCAAAGAACUCAUGCAAUUCUAUCAACAAUAUAGUAGAAGGAUUGUCUAAGCUGCUGAAACUGCAGAAGGAUUGGAAUUCUGUUGUCUUGUGCCUGUAUGAAGCUGGAAGACAUGACAAAGUGCAGCUUUUGGAUAUUUUCUGCAAGGCAGUCAACCCAAACCUUCAAAUUCAAAAUGCAACAAAUAGUGAUCCUUUCUAG